AGUGGGUUUGAAAAGCGAACCGUGGCUCGGCCUCAUUUCCCGCUCUGGUUCGGGCGCAGGAGGAAGUGUUUUGCUGGAGGAUGAUGACAGAGGUCAGGCUUCGCUAAUGGGCCAGUGAGGAGCGGUGGAGGCGAGGCCGGGCGCCGGCACACACACAUUAACACACUUGAGCCAUCACCAAUCAGCAUAGGGAUCUGAGAAUUGCUCUCACACACCAACCCAGCAGCGUCCGUGGAGAAAAUUCUCACUGGCAACUCCUUUAAAAUACCGUCAUUUCAAACCUUUGUGGUUUUUAAGCAACAACAACAGGAAAAAAAACAAAACAAAACAAAAAAAACCAACCAAACAAAACUCUUGACAGGAGCUUUGACAACGAGAGAGGAUGCCUCAUAAAGGGGGAAGACCUUAACUAGGGGUGUGCAGAUGUGUGAGGCUUUUUAUUGUAAGAGUGGACAGACAUCCCAGAUUUCAGAGCCCCAUAUCCGAGCCCCGUGGGAUCCAGCGGCCCCCAGGCAGUGCCAGCAUGCAGAACAGUCACAGCGGAGUGAAUCAGCUCGGUGGUGUCUUUGUCAACGGGCGGCCACUGCCGGACUCCACCCGGCAGAAGAUCGUAGAGCUAGCUCACAGCGGGGCCCGGCCGUGCGACAUUUCCCGAAUUCUGCAGACCCAUGCAGAUGCAAAAGUCCAAGUGCUGGACAAUCAAAACGUGUCCAACGGAUGUGUGAGUAAAAUUCUGGGCAGGUAUUACGAGACUGGCUCCAUCAGACCCAGGGCAAUCGGUGGUAGUAAGCCGAGAGUAGCGACUCCAGAAGUUGUAAGCAAAAUAGCCCAGUAUAAGCGGGAGUGCCCGUCCAUCUUUGCUUGGGAAAUCCGAGACAGAUUACUGUCCGAGGGGGUCUGUACCAACGAUAACAUACCAAGUGUGUCAUCAAUAAACAGAGUUCUUCGCAACCUGGCUAGCGAAAAGCAACAGAUGGGCGCAGACGGCAUGUAUGAUAAACUAAGGAUGUUGAACGGGCAGACCGGAAGCUGGGGCACCCGUCCUGGUUGGUAUCCGGGGACUUCGGUGCCAGGGCAACCUACACAAGAUGGCUGCCAGCAACAGGAAGGAGGGGGAGAGAAUACCAACUCCAUCAGUUCCAACGGAGAAGAUUCAGAUGAGGCCCAAAUGCGACUUCAGCUGAAGCGGAAGCUGCAAAGAAAUAGAACAUCCUUUACCCAAGAGCAAAUUGAGGCCCUGGAGAAAGAGUUUGAGAGAACCCAUUAUCCAGAUGUGUUUGCCCGAGAGAGACUAGCAGCCAAAAUAGAUCUACCUGAAGCAAGAAUACAGGUGUGGUUUUCAAAUCGAAGGGCAAAAUGGAGAAGAGAAGAAAAACUGAGGAAUCAGAGAAGACAGGCCAGCAACACACCUAGUCAUAUUCCCAUCAGCAGUAGUUUCAGUACCAGUGUCUACCAACCAAUCCCACAACCCACCACACCUGUUUCGUCCUUCACAUCUGGCUCCAUGUUGGGUCGAACAGACACAGCCCUCACAAACACUUACAGUGCUCUGCCGCCCAUGCCCAGCUUCACCAUGGCAAAUAACCUGCCUAUGCAACCCCCAGUCCCCAGUCAGACCUCCUCAUACUCCUGCAUGCUGCCCACCAGCCCAUCGGUGAACGGGCGGAGUUAUGAUACCUACACUCCCCCCCAUAUGCAGACACACAUGAAUAGUCAGCCAAUGGGCACCUCGGGUACCACUUCAACAGGCCUCAUUUCCCCUGGUGUGUCCGUUCCAGUUCAAGUUCCCGGAAGUGAACCAGAUAUGUCUCAAUAUUGGCCAAGAUUACAGUAAAAAAAAAAAAAAAAAAAGGAAAUAUUGUAUUAAUU